UCCUGACUGCUGCGGACGGGCAUCGAUUGAAAGGGGGGUGAAAAUCGGCUCUGUUUGCUUGUGUUUACAUCCGAUCCCCCGAAUUAAAACCACCACAGCACUGCCAUAACAACAACAGGCGGCCAUGGAGUCACAGGGCAGGGAAGAAGUAAAGGGACCGGUGUUGCACAUUGUGGUUGUUGGAUUUCACCACAAAAAGGGCUGUCAGGUUGAGUUCUCCUACCCGCCGCUGCUGCCAGAUGAGGGUCAUGACAGUAACCUGCUGCCAGAAGAAUGGAAGUACCUCCCUUUCCUGGCUCUUCCCGAUGGGGCACACAACUAUCAGGAAGACACUGUUUAUUUUCACCUGCCGCCUCUGAAUGAAGAGAUGAAGUGUGUCUACGGAGUGUCAUGUUAUCGCCAAAUAGAAGCAAAGGCCCUUAAGGUGCGACAGGCCGACGUCACCAGGGAGACCGUUCAGAAGAGCGUCUGCGUCCUCAGUCGAGUGCCUCUCUACGGUCUGCUCCAAGCAAAACUCCAGCUCAUCACGCAUGCCUACUUCGAGGAGAAAGACUUUUCACAGAUCUCCAUACUGAAGGAACUGUACGACCAUAUGAACGGCUCAUUGAGGGGCUCCACGCUGGAGGGAUCACAGGUUUACCUCGGUUUAUCACCAAGAGAUUUAAUACUGCACUUUCGACACAAGGUUCUCAUCCUCUUCAAGCUUAUUCUGCUGGAGAAGAAGGUCCUGUUCUAUGUGUCUCCUGUCAACAGACUAGUAGGAGCUCUGAUGACAGUUUUAUCUCUGUUUCCAGGUUUGAUCGAGCACGGCCUGGUGGACUCGUCUCACUACAGGCCGAAGAGCAGCGUGUCGGAGGACCUGAGCCUGGUGGAGAGCGUCUCAGGAGCAGAGGAGUUUGUCUCUGUGUCCGUCACCGACAUCGCCAACAGCGCCCUGGAGCUGGAGGGAGAGGAACCCGCCCAGCAUGCUGCUGAGUCCCUGUCCUCGGGGACUAACACAGAGGGGGACAACAACCACCUCAAACCUCCGUCACGUACGUCUCCAGAGUCCUCAGAGAGUGACUGGGAGACUCUGGACCCCAGCAUUUUAGAGGAGGGCAGCCCCAAAGAGUCGGCCGAGGGGAGGGAGGCGACUUCAGAGCUACCAGAUGCUUUCGACUCCCAGACGGGGACGCCUAUCACCGUGCAGCCGCAGGCGGUCAGCGGUCAGGGAGGGGUCGUCCAGGGCCUGGUGUCUGGUCUGGAGGAGGAUCAGUACGGCUUACCGCUCCCCAUCUUCACUAAGGGUUACCUCUGUCUCCCCUACAUGGCCCUGCAGCAGCAUCACCUCCUAUCAGACGUGACGGUGCGUGGCUUCGUUGCCGGGGCGACCAACAUCCUCUUCCGCCAGCAGAGGCACCUCAGUGACGCUAUAGUUGAAGUGGAAGAAGCUCGUGUCCAGAUCCACGACCCCGAGCUCCGAAAGAUCCUGAGCCUGACCACGGCAGACCUGCGUUUCGCCGACUACCUGGUCAAACAUGUGACGGAGAAUCGUGACGAUGUCUUUCUGGACGGGACGGGCUGGGAGGGUGGAGACGAGUGGAUCAGAGCCCAGUUCACCCUCUACAUCCACUCCUUACUGUCCUCUGCAAUACAGCAGGAUAACGAGAGGUUGCUGGCGGAUUACGGAGCGCCUUUCAUCACAGCCUGGAAGAUCACCCACAACUACCGGGUGUGGUUUAGCAACAAGCACCCCGCCAUGGCUGCCAUCACCCCGGGACACCCGUUUCAAGGACAGUACAGUGUUGCUGAUGUGAAGCUGCGGCUGUCACACUCGGUACAGAACAGCGAGCGAGGGAAGAAGAUUGGAAACGCCAUGAUGACCACCAGCCGCAGCGUGGUCCAGACAGGGAAGGCAGUGGGUCAGUCAGUGGGUGGAGCGUUAACCAGCGCCAAGUCGGCCAUGUCCUCCUGGUUCUCCACUUUGGCCCAACCUGCAGCCGUCUCAGCCCCAGCCUGCCCAGAGACCCCCAUGGAGACGGACACAGAGACCGCCACUGAGGUCAAGCCCUGAAACCACCCCACCAGUCCUCUGUCUCUUGACUCUGCCUGCCUCCUCAUCCUCUCAUCCUCUGGCUGCUGUAAAGCCUGAGGGUCAGCGGAGCGAGGGGCGGUUCGUACCUGAGCUGGUGUUUAUGAAGGAUGUGAGCAGGAAAACAACGGUCACCUACGUCAAGAAUCAAAUGGGAGCUCUAAAUCUGAACCAUUGAAAAAACCCAACACUCACAUCCCUUAUUGGUGACUUUCCAGCCUCAUAUUAGCAGGAUGCCCCUCUUGACAGGAAGGCAGCACUGCCGUUAUAUUAUCUCUGCAGCCCAUAUUCACUGUGAGGCAGAAAUUGCCAGCGCUUUUGAAAUUUCAGCAGGCUGCAUCAUGUCUACCUGCCUGUUCCUCUCUGCUGCAGUUCGUAUUGCUGGACGCUUUUCCUGUGAGACACUAAAGAUGCUGUUGUUGGGUUUGCGGUGUUCACUCUUUGCUCGUAUUUCUAGAAAUGUAUCUAUAUAGCUGAAUAUUUUGCUGACAAGGAAAUGAUGUGUUUAAAAUAACUGUGUGUCACAAGAUUUGACAGAACAGCAUGAGAUUGUGGCACACUUGAAGAUUUUAACGGUUUAUAUCUUAAACUCAGUACAGCCUAUGUAAUAACAUUGUGGUUGUCAAGCUAACAGCGUGAAUCCGCUUAGUUACCAUCGCUACAUCUGUCAAGCUUUCUGCUCUCACACGGGAAGUUUACAAUGAUAAUGGUCACUGAUUAACCACCCAAAUUUAGUUAUUAUUUCAACUAAAGGGCUUUAGAUUUAACA